UUCGAGAGUUCGAAUUUUCAGGAAGAAGAAGAAGAAGAAGAGGUGAACAGAGAAAAUGGCGGCGUACUACAGAUGGAAGAGCUUCGAGGAGAACGAAGAUCGUCCGGAGAAGCCACGCCGUUACGGUGUAACGGAGAUGCGAGGUCCUCGUUACUCCGUCCUCAGCCAGAACCUUCUACAGGAAAUAUUUGAAUCGAUGGGACAAUUUGUUGAUGGGUUAAAGUUCUCGGGAGGAUCCAACAGUUUAAUUCCGAAAUCAUUCAUCAAACAAGCUAUUGAAAUGGCUCAUGAACACGGUGUGUAUGUUAGCACCGGAGAUUGGGCUGAACACAUGCUUCGGAGUGGUCCUUCAGCUUUCAAAGACUAUGUGGAGGAGUGUAAGCAGUUGGGGUUUGACACUAUAGAGCUGAAUGCAAAUUUACUUGAAGUUCCUGAAGAAACCCUUCUACGAUAUGUACGUCUGAUUAAGAGUGGUGGUCUCAGAGCCAAACCAAUAUUUGCUGUGAAAUUUAACAAGUCUGAUAUUCCUGGUAGGAAUAGAGCAUUUGGCUCUUAUGUUGUUCCAGAACCUCGAUCAAGCGAGUUUGUUGAGGAUAUAGACCUCUUGAUCAGAAAGGCUGAAAGGUGUUUAGAAGCCGGGGCAGACACUAUUAUGAUUGAUGCAGAUGAUGUCUGCAAAUACGCAGAUUCUCUUCGAGCAGACAUAAUUGCUAAAGUCAUAGGACGUUUGGGAAUAGAGAAGACUAUGUUCGAAGCAUCUGAUGCGAAGUUGGCUGAGUGGUUCAUCAAACGUUAUGGUCCAAACGUGAAUCUCUAUGUGGAUCAUUCUCAGAUUAUGGAUCUAGAGUGCCUCCGUGGUCGUCAUCUGGGUAAAGAUCACCAGUCUGUUCUCGGUUCCUCCUACUUCUUGUUUUAAAGCAGUAGCUUUUUCAUUGCGUCUAAAACUGUGUGAAUUCUUAUGUAUUAUGUCGUAUGGGUUUAAUGUUUUGUGCUUCUUUAGUGGUGUAAGAAAGCAAAUGUUAAUGAGAAUAAUGUGAUCACUGAUCAUUCGAUGAUCUCACAAUAUAUUGGUCGAUCUUCCUAGGCUAA